CAGCAUUUAUAGAAUACGAUGGCUGACCUUUGUCAACGUCCGUGCAGACUGAAGUACAAUUUUUUGCGCUCGAGUUAACAAUACAAAGUGCAUGCAUGUAUACCAUUUUGCAUAAAAGCCGUUAAUUCCUGCUAAAGUGAACAGCAGUAACUCGCAACAGCAAACUAGGCGUUGAAAUCAGAAGACCGGGGCAUAAACAGAAAAGAAUCCGGCAACAAACAUGGCGCCGCAGUCCGUACUCAUCACUGGGUGCUCGACAGGGAUCGGUUCAGCCACGGCACUCAUGCUAGCCCAAGACAAGCUUACCAGAUUCAAGGUUUACGCGACAAUGAGGAAUUUGGAGGCAAAGUCCAACCUGGAAAAAGAAGCAGGGAGCACCUUGAACAAGACACUCUUCAUCCGGGAACUUGAUGUGACCAAGGACCCAACUAUCAAAUCGGUGGUAGACGAGAUUCUGCGAGACAACGGGAGAAUCGACGUUCUCGUGAACAACGCUGGCUACAUGGCCUUAGAGGGCAUCAACGAGCGGUCAGUAGAAUGGUGCCAAGCUAUGAUGGAUACCAACUACUGGGGGGUAGUAAGAACAACAAAUGCCGUGUUACCAGCGAUGAAGAAGCAGAUGUCGGGCCGGAUCAUUAACGUUUCUAGUAUAGCCGGCGUCCGAGCUGAUCCUUUUUUUGCUACCUACUCUGCUUCUAAGUUCGCUAUGGAAGGAUACUCCGAGUCCAUUGCCCCAGUGUUGAGAGAUGGAUACAAUAUCAAGGUGAGCAUCGUUGAACCGGGGCCAGUCAAGACGGAGCUUUCCAAGAAGGUCUUUGGUACACCGUUCGAAGAACAAGCCAAAGAUUUUGACCCUGUAGUGCGAGAUUUACUCGUCACAUGGUCAAAGGACAUGGCGUCUGUGUUUCCUUUUGUAACUCAUCAAAGCGCCGAUGAAAUAGCCAAGCUGCACAUGGAUAUCAUUCUGAGUGAGAAUCCUCACCUGCGCUAUCAGACGACAGAAAACUUGACAAAAAUGGCGGCCGUGAAGCUUCGCGAUCCGACCACGGAUUUUCUGCUCGAUAUGCUAAAGCAAAGCCGUUACGCUUCCCCUACAGAGUAGUGUCAUGUAGUAAAGUCGCAAAUGAAAGAUCUGUUACCAAGCGUAUCUUUCUAAAGUUUUUUUUUUUUUACCAUCUAUUGGAGAGGAAAUUAUCAAAAUGAGCAAAAGGCCACAAUAGCCCAAUGUGUAUGAUAGCUUUAUUAAAAAUGAAAACUAUGUCUAAAUUGGAUGCCAGCGAAAGUUUAAAAUCUUUGUGUGAUGCCGAUUUGCUGUAAAUCUUAUUGCAGCAAUUACACAUAGGCGCCACAUUGUACACUGGAACAUAAUGACGUCACGCUUUGUUAACGUGUGCAUUCCUGUGGGGGACAGGUUGGAAACCAGAGCCACCUUGCUUCCAUGAGAAAGCACACAUGAAAACAAAACACUGCGUCCACUACAUGUAACAUUUGUUUUCACAAUUGGAAGUUGUGGUCACGUGAUGCCAACUUUCAGCAAACGAUUCUCUUCUGCACUGCAUGUUUAUCUCUUGACAUGAAUGAUCUAAACGUGUUGACAUAAUGUGGGCCAAACAACCGUGCAAGAGAUAUGCUUGAAUGUCUUGGGUUGGGUUGCCCAACGAUUGUCUGUUGGCAUGGCAAAUGGACUGUCGCUUUCUUUUUUAGUACAUGUUGUCAUGUUUUUAAUGAUUAUACCCUGUAGCCUUUUCUAGUUUUGUCCCCGUCACUUCAACUUUUUUUUAAGUUUCUGUGUAAGAUUUCAUAAAUAUGUGACUCUUGUUGCUCAAUGAACAAAUUACGUGCUCUACAGACCAUUCCGAGCACGCCAUCACGCACUGUACACUCACGCCCCCUUCAAUGGCGAAAACAUUGUGCCAUGAGCUACUAAUGGUCAGAUAAUCCGUCACGUGGCAAUUGCUUUGUAUUGUAGGUUGCGCAAAUACUUUCGCCAUUGGAGGGGGCCUCCGUAGCGUGUUGGAUUCGUCAAUUAUGAUAAUUUCUAUACUCUUCAGAACUAGAUCUAGGUCUGAGAAAAAUACCCGCAAAGGCUACAAAUGUAUUUUUUAGCUCUUCGUUACAUGUAAUGUUAUUUCUUGGGUAACGAUUUUUCCCUGCUUGUUGGCGGAAGUGCUUGUUUCAUUGUGAUUAAAAUCAAUCAAAUACUGAUUGCA